UAGUGAGCCACUCACGAGGUCCAGAAUCUAUAUAUCUACCCACUUCUUGAACCCUCCAGACUCACAAAGACAGCUAGUAUUGUUCCAGGAGCUUUUCUUCACCUGAAAGGAGACACAAAGAAACAUAACCAUGUCUGAGGCGCCGUCAAAAUCGAAGAUCUCUGCAUCUCGCAGACUCUUUUUGAAGACCAAACUGGUGAAAAAGGCGAUGGCUAUGCUGGUGGCUGAGAAAGAGCAAAAAGCGAUUGACAAAGAAGUCACACUGAAUGAACGACUCCCACCACUCAUGUUAUCAGGUCUGUCAGUACAGGACUUGCAGAAUUUAUAAUCUUGUAAAGAAUUGCACCAGAAAAUGGAUGUUGUAGAUGAAGAGCGAUACGACAUUGCAAUGAAAGUUUCUAAAAGCAACACAGAGAUUGAAAAUCUGUCCAUGAAAAUCAUUGAGCUGAAGGGUAAGAAGCGACCUCAGCUAAAGAGGGUGAGGGUGUCAGCUGAAGCCAUGAUGGGGGCUCUGCUAGGGGCCAAGGUCAAAGAGUCUGUCGACUUCAAGGCGAACCUCAAGACCGUCAAGAAAGAGGAGGAGAAGAAGGAGGAGGUGACUGACUGGCGUAAGAAUGUGGAUGCCAUGUCGGGCAUGGAGGGCAGAAAGAAGAUGUUUGCUUCCUAGUAAUUAAGAUGGAUGGAGCAAUAAAAUAUUAUCACUUCUUUGUCUGUCUUACAUUAUAACUAACCAGGAACCAAUCUAAGUUUGUGUAAUUUUACAGUCAUCCUAAGUGUUUCUUCAUGUGUAAAUAUGUUUUGUCUGUGGAUGCAAAUCAUGUUGGCCCCGAAGAUUCUAGUCACUCAGGGGAGAAUCAUUCAUUAUUUCUAUGGGAUUUAAUGUAUUAUUUCUUUGUAGAAUGUCAUUUAAUGCUGUUAUUGGACCUAUGUGGUAGGAAGAUGCACAAUGUUGGAGUUGUGUAUUUGUAUUAGUGACAAUAAAUACAUGAUAUUAUCAUUGCAACUUA